AUGAAAAAAAAAGUUGAAAUUCAUGAAUAUAUUCAUAUUGCAUUAGCUAAUGCUGAUAGAGUUAAUGAUACAGGUGAAUACCAACUUGGCGGAAAAGACUUAUCCAUUGAUGGAAAAGUAAUUGAAAAGAAUCUGAACUUUUUUAACGAUAGGGAAAUUUUAUUAAAUUCAAAGGUCAUGCAAGGUGAUUUCAGCCUUGCCAAUGGCGCUAACCAAAUCAAUGAGAACUAUGGUAUAUACCCAUAUCAUGUACUUCGUAGGAUUUGGGAAUAUAUCAUGUAUUUUCUGUCAAUGAUUGUUUUAUGGGAGAUCCCCUUCGAAUGGGCCUUUAACUUCAAAAAGACAUUCCUGUGGAUGCUUCCUGCCCUAAUUAUCGAUUGCUUCUUUAUUGCUGAUAUAUUUAUUGUCAGAAGAACUGGUAUUUUACAAUAUGGUGUUAUCAAAUUGGACAAAGCAUCAAUUGACUCAACAAUUCCUAACUGGAGAUUGAUUAUAUAUUGGUUGUCUCCAUGGCCAUACUAUCUAAUCGGUUAUUUUGCAAAAAUUGACCUUUUAUAUAAUAUUUUACUGCUUAUAAAAUGCUUAAGAUUAGUCAGAUUAUACGAUGCUAACCAUGUCAUCAAGAAUACUCUCGUUUAUAUCUCUCCAAUUUCAAAAAUGGCUACAUUAUUUACAACAUUACUAACAAUCGUUCAUAUAUGCGCCUGUGUAUUCUGGUACACUGGUAAUGUCGAGAUUCCUAAUACUUCUUGGCUUACAGAGUCCAAAAUUAGCGAAAAGCCGAAAAUUAUUCAAUAUUUCCACACGGUUUACUACAUUACGACCACAAUCCUUACUAUCGGUUAUGGUGAUUUACAUCCGUACACUUUCCCCGAGAUAUGUGUUGUAAUUUGUGUAGAAGCCGUCGGAGUUUUCUUUUAUAACUUCCUUGUCUCUACAAUGGUUUCCAUCGUCGCUGAUCCAUCUCGUAACUCUUUCCUUUCGAAAUACCAACGUAUCUACAGCGCAUUCAAAUGGCGUGGAAUUUCCGAUGAUUCCAUGAGAGAAUUGCUUCGUUACUACGAAUACGUAUGGGAACGCGAUAGAGAUAGAGCUGAUUUCUUCGAAACCGCGUCAAAGAUGCCAGAAGGCCUUCAGAAACGACUUGCUUUGGCUCUUCAUAUGGAAGUGUUCAACAAGGUCGAAGCUUUCAGAGAAGCGAACGAAGAAGUUCUUGAGAGGGUAGCUAUGGCUCUGCAGCCAAGAAUCUUCACUCCCGGUGACUUUUUGAUAAAAUCUGGCAGAGUAAGCAACAGAAUGUAUUUCGUCACAGAAGGAAAGGUAGAUAUGAUCAACACAAGCGGUGCUCUCAUUAACGUCCUUGAUGGAGCAAAUGGCUGCGUUUUAGGAGAAUCUUCAAUUAUAAACGGUAGCGCUGAAUCUGCUUCAGCUAUUGCAGAGACAUACGUCGAAGCAUUCGAAUUAAUGAAGGAAGACUUCGACCAAAUCGCUGAACUUCAUCCACAAUUACAAAACGGUCUAAUGCCAAGAACUACUCAAUAA